AUGGACGUUGCGGGCGCUCUGCUGCCCUUCACACAAGUAGUGCGACCUGAGCUGACCAUCCACGUACAGGAGGUGCUCACUCAGGCCGACAAGGAAGCAGAUGGCUCUAAGCCCAGAAACACGAUCCCAGAAAUAAACGAACCAAGUGAUAAAGACGAUGAAGUGAAGGGUUCGUCAACACAAAACGUUGACAACCCUAAAAGUGUACAUAUAAAUAAAAGUGCUAAUGACAAUGUUAAUACGAAAUACUGUGACAAAAGUGCUAACGGUAAGAAUAGUGAAGUAAGAAGCUGCGAUGUGGUGACGAUGAAGAAUCCAAGGAAGGGCAGCCCUGCCUGA